UUUUACCGGUGCAUGUCUACCGGCAAAUUAACCACUGUGGAUGUUAAUGAUAAAAGUGGUGUUGCUGUUUUGACCAUGAACCGUCCGCCCGUAAAUGGUUUGAAUCUGGAACUGCUGCGGGACAUUCAUAAUGCCAUAGAUGAAAUAGAGAGUAACAAAUGCCGCGGCUUAAUUUUGACAUCAGCUUCCAACUCAGUGUUUUCUGCCGGCUUAGAUAUUAUGGAAAUGUACAAACCCAAUCAAGAGAGGCUUAAGGAAUUUUGGAUUUCAUUGCAGAAUACAUGGCUCGCCUUGUAUGGAUCUAGUGUUCCAACAGCAGCGGCAAUAAAUGGUCACUCACCUGCCGGCGGUUGUCUUCUUGCAAGCAGUUGUGAAUAUCGCGUAAUGCUGCCCAAUUUUACGAUUGGUUUGAAUGAGACCAAAUUGGGCAUUGUUGCGCCCAAAUGGUUUAUGGCAACUUUUUGUAACGUCCUACCACGACAUGUAGCAGAAAUGGCCCUUACACAAGGUAAAAUGUUUAGCAGUGAUGAAGCUCUUAAAGUCGGUUUAGUUGAUGAACUGGCACAAACAAAGGAAGAGGCCUUAGAAAAAUGUGAAAAAUUCUUUGCCACGUUUGCCAAAACAAAUCCCUUCGCGCGGGCUAUGACCAAACAGCAAUUUAGGUCGAAGGACCUACAACAAUUGGAAGACGAAAGAUCACAAGACCUCGAGGCAUUUUUGUUUUUUGUUAAUCAACCCAGUGUCCAAAAGGGAUUGGGCAUUUACUUAGAGGGUUUAAAAGCUAAAUCAAAGUAA